GCCAUCACAAUGAGUACACAGCUAUGCUCCCCCAACUCAAAGCCUCUUCACCCCAGCAGACGACGACGAGCCAUGGCGGGUGACACGUGGCAGUCGGUGGCUGUGGAGCGAGUGGCGUCGCCCACAGCGUGGCAGCAGCACAUGCGCGUGCGGUGCGCGGUGUUCAUCGACGAGCAGCGCGUGCCGCCGCACGAGGAGGUGGACCACCACGACGGGCUCGGCGCGCUGCACGCCGUGCCGCCCUCCGCCCUGCACUUCCUCGCCACCGUCGACAGGCAGCCCGCAGGCGCAGGUCGCUGCGUGAUAAAGAGCGAGGGCACUGCCAAGGUGGGGCGCAUCGCCACGCUGCCUCAGUUCCGGAGGAAGGGGGUGGGACGAGCCAUCAUGCACUGCAUUCACGAGCAUGCGGCCAGGCAUGGGUGUGUGAAGAGCACAUUGGGCGCCCAGCUGGAAGCAGUGCCGUUCUACGAGCGCCUUGGUUACACUGUUACAUCGGGCGUGGUGUUCCUGGAUGCUGGCAUCGAGCACGUUGAUAUGCAUUGCGAACUCACUCCAUGAACCCGCUGUGCUGUGUAUAUAUAUGGAAUGCCUGAAUGUGCAAAACACGGUCUUAGGGCCCGCACACUUCUUUCUGCCCCUGGUGUGGUGGAACCUUAUUGGGUGUGAAUGGGAGUGAGCACACGACACCUGCUCUAUCCUUCACUUCAAAUGUAUGAAAUUCAAUCCAAAACAGGGCUUGUAUGGGC